AUGGUGAGGCCAGAGGAAAGUAUUCGAAAGGUUGUCAAGGAAAAUACAAACAUAUGGACGGGUUUUAUUGAUCAUUCAAGAUCAGGUGGAGAUAGACCAACUGUACCAUAUAUAGAAAAGCGUUUUUACUGUGUAACCUUCCUAAAGAACGGUGAGCCAAAAGCUAUUCUAGUUAAGGUAGAUGACGCUCAUGGAUCAUACAAAGAUAAAACUGGAUGUCGUGGUAAACCGGGUUGGAGUAAUACAAGUACUUAUAACUAUACGAAAAAGCUUGAAACCUUGAAAAUAAAUACAGAUCCUCCAAAAAAGUUUACUUUGGAUAUCUCUUCUCUCAAGGAAGAUGAAAGGUUUAAGCUUGUAAAGGAAGAGAAGAAUGGUGUCACUACCCACUUCUUUGCCACCAAGCAAGGCCAUUCUAUCGAGAAUAUUAUGGACGGAGAAACUAAAAUAUGUGAAUUAAAUGAGAGUUUCGGAUCUUUCCUCUGCGAGGUUCAUUCUAAAGGUGACCAUAAACUUGUGAGAGUACAUGCAGAACAGAGAUAUAUCAUUACAUUUGGCUGGUAUGAAAAGUCUAGUGGUACGUGGACUGCCAUAAAAGAGAAGGAAUUCUUCAAGAAACUUGAUGAGCUGUGA